CAGAGCAGACUCUGGCUUCGCCUAGAGGCACAGGCAGUCACAGGGACACCUGCUCAAGUGAAAGCGAAAGAGAGAUCCAGAGAGGACUGAGAAGAAACCCAAGGCCAAGGAGGGGUGUUGGGAGAGCUCUCCAAGCUGGGUGGGAGGCAGGCGGGGAGAGCAGCCCCAUGGGCGGAGCGUGGGGCUGGGGGCUGCUGCUGUGCUCGGCACUGUCCGGAGCGGCGGGAACCGAGCCCCAGGCAGCAGAGCAGCAACGGCGGCCAGUGGAUGUGAUCUUAGACUGCUUUCUGGGCACAGAGGCCAGGCACCAUGGGGCUUUUGCUGGCGAUAUGAACAGGGAGAAGGCCCUGCUGGUGCUGAGGCAGGUGCCGGUGCUGGACGACGGCUCCCUGGAAGGCUUCACUGACUUCCAAGCAGACAUGGUGGCCCAGGAUGACCCAACUGUCAUCUUCGAGGCCUCAGUGGACCAGGUACAGAUCCUGCAGGCCAAAGCCCUGCUCCAUGCUGACUGCAGUGGAAAGGUGGUGACCUGUGAGAUCUCCCGCUACGUCCUCCAGGCCAGAGCUGAGGCCAUUGCCAAGCUGGCGGCCUGGUUCAUGGCCACAGUGCAGGUAUCUAGACAGGGCCCCGGCAUCUCCAUGGUGAUGAGGACUCUCGAAGAUGCAGGUGACAGGGCUGCCUGGGAGCCCAUGCUGAACCUACCCCUGAGCCCCCAGGGGACUGUGAGGACCACAGUGGAGUUCCAGGUAACAGCGCAGACCCAAUCCCUGAAUUUCCUGCUGGGCUCCACAGCCUCCCUGGACUGUGGCUUCUCCAUGGCACCAGGCCUGGAACUCGUCAGUGUGGAGUGGCGGCGCCAGCACAAGGGGAGCGGCCAGCUGAUACACCACUGGAAGACAGGGCAGGGCCAGGCCAAGCGGGAAGGUGCCUCCCUGCCACCCGAGCAGCUACUCAAGGCCGGGGAUGUCGCCCUCACCUUGCCUGGCCUCGGGGUGAAGGACGAGGGGACCUACAUUUGCCAGAUCACCACCUCUCUGUACCAGGCUCAGCAAAUCAUCCAGCUCAACAUCCAAGCUCCCCCCAAAGCACGGCUGAGCUCGGCAGACAGCGCCCAGCUGCCCACCCUCACCUGCGAGGUCACUGGCUAUUACCCUCUGGACGUGGUGGUGACAUGGAUCCGAGAAGAAGGGAGCAGAGGCCCAGCCCGAGUCUCUGGUGCCACCUUCUCCAGCCUCAGGCAAAGCAUGGCGGGCACCUACAGCUCCUCCUCCUCUGUGACCGCGGACCCCGGCCCAACAGGUGCCACUUACACCUGCCAGGUCACCCAUGUCUCCCUGGAGAAGCCCCUUUCAGUCAGCACCAGGAUUGUCCCAAGCGCAGAGUGGGAAACGGCCAACGGAGUCAUCUUGGCCAGCUGCCCCUUCCUUCUCGCACUGCUACUCCUGGGGCUUCGGAGAAGGCAAGCUUCUUCAACGAGGCUCAUCAAGUCUCCAAGGCACUAGGAGUAGCCACGCUGCAGUCCCAGCACAGCCUUGUUCUCUGGCAGCACCGCUUGCACUGAGCCAGAGCUGGGAAAGGCCUUGGGGAGGGCCCAGGCCUGAGGGAGGGCCCGGCCCUGCCCGGCCUCAGCGGGCGCCACUUCCUCCACUGUGUGCCUUGGGCUGCUGGUCCAGGCAGAGGAGGGGAGGAGGUGAGGGGCGACAAGAAGCCAGAUGUCUGGGUGCAGGUGGAUGCCAAAGGGCCACAUGUGAGGUGAGGUGGUGGGAAAAGAGAACAAAAGAAACGGGGACAAGGGGCUGGGGAGGGGACAGGGCUGCCC